AUGGGGAAGAAGCCCAAACCUGCUCCCAAUGGCGAGGCCGGGCUGGUCAAAUCUGCCCAAGCCAAAGCUCAAGACGAUCAAGUCAUGGCGACCAACAACAGCAGCAUCGUCUCUAAGCGAUCAGUCGAAAAGCUGUACUACCCAACCGAGCCACCCUUCUUCCGCCACUUCGUCGCCAAGUUUCAGCGCCGCGCUCCUCUCAUCAAUCGGGGCUACUGGUUGCGCCUGCGCGUCAUUGACGUUCUAGUCCGGGACUUCUUACGCGGGGUCCAGCGCCGAGGGAAAAGGGGUGUGGUGAUAAAUCUAGGGUGUGGGAGCGACGUUCUUCCAUGGCAAUGCCUCACGCGUUAUGCAGACAGCUGUGCGGGCGUCAAGUUUGUCGAUGUCGAUUUCCCGGACUUGAUCGAGCGGAAGCGGCGGACUGUGCUGGCUACGCCAGAGCUUCUGGGUAUGCUGACGGGUGUGAAAGGGGCAGAUUUUAAGGAUGGAGCUGCCGACUUGCCCAAGCCGGUUGUAUUUGAUAGCAACCAGUAUGCGCAGAUUGGAUGUGACUUGAGAGAACUGACGACGUUGUGGAAAGGCUUGGAGGCCAUGGCGGGCAGUUUAGAGGAGUGCGAGUUCAUUUUUGUUGCAGAGGUGUCGAUUACGUAUAUGGAGAGGGAGGGGGCGGACCAAGUGAUUUCGUGGGCGUCGGGAAUUGGGAAUGCCGAGUUCGUUCUCCUCGAACAAAUCCUCCCCGACGGCGAACACCACCCUUUCGCCUCCACUAUGCUCAGCCACUUUGGCAAACUCAACACCCAGCUCAAAGCCGUGGGCACUUACCCCACCGUCGCCCACCAACACACCCGCUUCUCUUCCUCCGGCUGGGACUCGGCCAAAGUUUGGACGCUCUGGCAGGCGUGGGCUGACGAGACAUUCCUGUCCCCCGCGGAGCGCCUUGCGCUGGAUGACAUCGAGCCGUUUGAUGAGUGGGAGGAGUUCGCGCUGUUUGCGAGCCACUACUGCGUUGUCCAUGCGAAGGUUGGCUCAGGGAAUGAUGUAAGCGCAGUGCCGGCCCCGUUAAUACCCUCCGGAUCCGAGUUCCCUGUCGAGCCGGCCCGGCUGCAGUUUGACGAGUGCGCGGGGACAAGAGGACAGCGGCGCUUUGCGGCUGCUAUGCAAUUGUCCCACCCGGGAGCUAAGACACCGUCCGUUCUCAACAUACUGGGGCUGGGCACAAAAGCCCGUUUACAAUCCUACGAUGUAUUCAGCCAGGAUGAACCAGGUGUUGGGAUACCGUCCAUGACUUUUGCGGGGGGAGCACCAUCAACGAGAAUGUGCCACUCCUUGACCGAUUUAGGAGACAACGGCGUCCUAUUAGCAGGCGGGCGCGGUUCGCCGACCAAUCCGCUCAAGGAUUGUUGGCUGUUUAAUAAGACCGCAAAUACUUGGGAACCCACUCAUGAUUUGCCGACGCCUCUUCACCGGCAUGCUGUCACAGCCCUGAGGGCUUCGGGGCUGGCCCUCCUUCUCGGUGGGAGGGGAGAAAGGGGCGCAUGGGACGGAUGUCUCGUGUAUCACGCCGAUAACGGCUGGACGAGCUGUGAGGUUCUUGGGGAAGGGAAACCAGCUGCCGUUUAUGGGGCAACGCUGGCUUGUCAGAGCGGUGGUGACAUGGGUCACUUCAGGGGUAUUUAUCUUGGCGGUUUACAGGAUGGUCUUAUUUCUCGUCAAGCGUUGUCUUGGGAAGUGGACAAACCGACGAUCAAAUUCACACCUCUCAAAAUCAUCGGAGAUACACAGGGAGAGGCAUCCUGGCUACUUACCCGAUUCGGCGCAACCUGUUUUACGCACGUGAACGAGUUUCUUAUCAUAGGCGGUGUUGCCCGGGACCACCUCUUGAGCAACCAAGACGAGGUAGUCUUGUGCUCUUUGUGGGGUGAUGAACUCCGCAUCACCCGCAGACUGGCUAGUCAGAGCUACAAAGAGACAUCGAUACCACGGCCAAUGUUUGUGGGCCACUCCGCGGUCCGGAUCGCGAAUGAGAGCAUCGUGGUCGUCGGAGGCGGGGCUACGUGCUUCUCAAUGGGCACGUUUUGGAAUAAGGGAGUGUAUCAUCUGCGUUUGCCCGGGGCUGACAAGAUGGUGCCCGCCCCCGCACUUCCAUGGGUUCAUGAGAGGGCGGUUGAAGUCAUCCCAACCCAGCGGGGUCUGCCAAUAGCCCCGCGGCAGCAAGGAAACCAUGAGCCGGCGGAGCCCACCCCGAUCCCAAGGUUAAGGUUGGGAACAGCGGACGAUUUUGCCAAAGUGGUUCGUGCUGGCCGACCUGUUGUGCUGGAAGGGUUGGAUAUGGGAAGCUGCGUCGCAAACUGGACCUCGGAUUACCUCGUGGAUAAGGUCGGAGCGGACCGGGAGAUCGUUAUCCAUGAGUCCGCAAGCCAGGCCAUGGAUUUCACGGCCAAAAACUUCCGGUACGUCACGACUGGGUUUGGCGAGUUCACUCAAAGAGUGGAUAAGGGCGACAAGUUGUAUUUGAGGGCUUUGUCGCAUGAGAAGCCGACUGAACAUCCUGCUUUGUUGGCCGAGGACUUCCCGUCUCUGGCACCAGACUUUGUGUUGCCCCCCCAACUCUCUCUUGUCGAAGAGAACCUGUUUAGCUCUGUAUUGAGGAUGUCUGGGCCGGUGAAUAUGUGGCUACACUACGAUGUCAUGGCCAACGUAUAUUGCCAAAUAAGUGGUUCGAAAAGGCUCCUGCUCUUCCCACCGUCGGACGUCGAACACUUCCCGUUCGCUCCAGGGGCGUCCAGUUCUGGUAUCGAUGUCUUCUCAUCGCUCGGGUCCCCUGAGCUCAUACAUACUCGGCCACACGAGGCUAUGGUGUCUCCUGGGGAUGUGCUCUUUCUGCCCCCACUAUGGCUACACACCGCAACACCGACCUCAGACAAAAGCAUCGCAGUUAACGUCUUUUUCAAAGACCUGGAGAAUGUCUUGUAUGCGCCGGGGCGCGAUGUGUACGGUAACCGGGACCUGGGCGCUUACGAAAAGGGGCGGCAGGACGUCGCUCGAAUUGUGAAUAGCUUCAAGAAGUUGCCAGCGGAGGCGAGAGAGUUUUAUCUCCUGCGUUUGGCAAACGAACUUCGUGGGAAAGCGCGCGGAUGA